UUCUCGCGUUCCAAGCCACAGAAAGCAACGAACCAUUCAGCAGGAACCAUCUUCUACGGGGGGAAUGCACGCUGUGCGCAUUAUCUUGGUCCUAUUCGCCUGGACUACGAGCCAGCGGAAUGCUGCUUCAAGUUUCAUUCGUCGGAGGGCGGUGGAUACUUUGCAAUCCAAGCAACCGCCUCGCAAUCUUGAAGUAGACAUUGAAGAAAGCCCUCAAUGGCAAAUGGAGAACUCUGUGAGAAAGCGAAGGGGGAGGGAAGGAAUACUCUUCAUCCCUAAACCAACGCCCUCUCCUGCGCCUACAUAUUAUACGGCGGAUCAGGCUGCAGGAAAGCGGUGUUCCGACGAUUUCGACUGCAUGCGAGUGUUGGGCCAAGUGUGCAAGCUCCCGAAGAGGGCAUCCACGGGAACCUGCCAGUGCCCCGAGAGCACACCCGUACGCGUUACCGAACACGGACAGCCCAGAUGUGUGUCUGCGCGGCAAAUUCUCGAAGACUGCACGGACACCGCAGAAUGUGCCUUCCUCAACCCCUACGUGGAAUGCGUCAACCAGAUCUGCAUCUGCUCGCCGCCCAAUGUUAUGAAACGGAAAGACCUAUGCAUCCCAGCAACCAAUACUACUAACGAGGCGGUCCACAUGAUAUCAGUUGUUCUCACGACCUUCGGGAUUGUUGGAGUUCCCGCAGCUAUUAUUGGCCGAAUCAUCAUUGCCAAGGAACGCCAACGCCGCGCAUGUCUUGAAAGACUAUCUGCUCGUUCGAGAAGGAGAUGCCACAGGGAUGAGUCUCAGAUGGAUUUGUUCACCACGGGCGUGAGACGCAUCUUUAAUGAAUGCAAGGAUAAGAUACAGGAUAUGGUAUCGAGAAAACCAGCAGUAACUCCACAAGUGGAAGGUCUCAGUGAUGUCGAAGGACGACCUACCAGGACCUCGCACGAAAUCACGGUUGAAGCCGAAGUUCACAUGGCAGACGAACCGAUUGAUUUUGAAGAAAUGGCUUCAUUGGUGUCCGAACUUGGCAGGGCCGAGCGCUGGAAUUCGGAAGAGGCGUCAACUGCGAAGACUUCAAAGUCGUCAUUGACGUCCAGCAACUCUGCAGGGUCUCUAGAUGCAUCGCGAGUGACCUCUAGAGUAACCUCUCCAAAUGCUGCAAUGUGUUUCGAGGAUCAACGUCCAGGUCACGUUGAACAAAUCCAACUGAAUUCAAGCGCACCACUGUCGAACCCAGCGGAUGAAGACGAAAGGCGGGACAUGAGCUCGAGCGCCGACUUGGCGGAGAUUGUUAAGAUAGUUAUCGAUCAGCUCAUGAAAACGCAAUCCUUAAACAUUUUAGCUGGGCACCGCCGGAGUGAAAGACAAGAUACCGAUGACGGGACGAUGACGGACGCAGUCAAGGCUGUGUACUCUCGGACCCUCCUUAAGAUGCGUGAGAGAUUACAUGCUAUGGCGGCGCAGGAAUCCCGUAGCAUCGACCAAGUAUCCUUGGGAGAUUCCUGUCGAACGUCCGGACCAAGGAAGGAAACUGUGCAACGACUUGCUCCUCGUGAUAAAGGAUGUGGUCAAGUGAAGAACAAAACUUACGCAGAUGUGUCCACGUUGUGUCGGAUCCUCACCCCACACAGGGUGAGGAAAGACCAGAAGGACCCUCUGAAACGGCUUCCUGUCAGUGAUGCGUUCUCGGAACAUGGGUUCGGUAGCAAUUUUCAAGAGCCUUCCAUCUAUGGUCUUCCUCACCUAGAAAGCCUCCUUACGACAUUUGAUGCUUUCUCUGUUAUGCAACCAUCUGAUCAACUUCCGGAAAGGAGGUUCCUUCUCAGAGAAAAACAAGACGUAUCCAAUCCGACGACGGAAUCUUAUCAUUCAUGUUCACACCCCGUUCGUCUUAUGAGACGACAACAGAAGGUGAGAACCUUCGCUCCUCCGACCACCUUGCCAAAUAAUCUUUCCGAAAGAUGGGAGCCCGUUGUCAGUGGCGCCAACAUACACGAUCAGCCAAGGAACAGUCUCAAAGGAUACCUCGCGAGCAACGCUUCGACGAGGACUCCUGCAACUUCUCCGUCAGCAAAUCAAUUCGUAUCAAAAGCCGGGCAGUCUGAUACAGCAGAACUAAGUGUUCACGAAUUAACGAAAAGUGACACGAGGGAUCAUGGCACUUAUUCUAACGGUGCCUUGCAAGUCAGGGAAGAACCAACAGCCCUUUGCAGCAUACCGAAGACUCUUCUCAAAAAGCCACCUAAGGUUGCUUUACCGACGAUCGAAGACGAAGCCUUACGUCUGGAGGCCGAGGAAGAAACACCAUUACUGUGCGCAGAAACAACGUCUAGGAAAAUCCCUUCGUAUGUCGAGCUUUCGAUACUCCGGUCUCCGUACUCCAGAAAAAAGGAAGGCACUGUAAGUUCUCAACGUCGAACACAGGACAGUUCAUGUCCAUUUUCAAAACUAGAGCUAAGGUAUAAGUCAGACAGGUCGACAUCGAAGCUGCUAAACAGGUCCUUUGCUUCCAUCCAUUCUUGGACCCGCAAAAAUUUCGUGCAGAACAGAACACCAGUUGAAGAAAGCACCAUGUUGUGUUCUUCAGGUCCUUCAAGCGAAGUGAAGGAAUAUAGGAAAUGCGAAACGGAACCUCAGACAUACACGGGAUGCGUGUACAUGGACCCGACAUCUAGCAGUCCGCCAUCAGAUAUUCAAUGUCCAUCGCUGUUUCUGCUUGACAUACCAAGAGAGCACGAAAUACGUGCUAAGGCUAAUAAGGUCACUGCAGAGAACAACAAUGAAACAGUCUCGGCACCUGCAGCACCAGCUGAACCUCCCACAGAACUACCUGGAAGGACACGCAAAGAAAUCAAGCUUGCUAUAACACAGAACGACAUCAUACAAUGUUUAAACAGGAUCGUAGGAUCGAAGCCUCCCACGGUUCCAGAAGACAACAGGGUGUUUCCAGAAAUACCGGCUAAACAGGAGGCGGUGUCCGGUUUUGACUUGAUGCAAGACGUGCUUCUUAACGAGGACGUUCUAAAUACGAGUCAGAGUUCCCAACCUGACGGAAUCCCAAAAGGACAUUAUGCCCGGCAUAAACCGGACGUAGAAGCGUUCAAUCAGCCACUUUCCCGUUUACGAAGAGGUGACUUGAAGAAUAUGCUGAAAGAAAUUUUAGAGGAAGAAUACUCGCAUGUUCUUCAGCUCUCAGCCCAAGCCGUAACGUCAGCCCAAAGCACAACAGCACCUCCAGUUCCUUUCGAACACGAACACCCUCAAGCGCUUACGCACGACCAUUGUAAAAGUACGAGCAAAGAAUCGUCAACUAGCUGGACACGCAGGAAAUGUUCUGCGGCAAAAUCAUCUUCGCCGAAGGUUAGCCGCACAGAAGAUAGGUUUGUAACCCCGCGUUCAAGCGGCGAAGCUAAUAAAACCAACGAAUUCGAUUUGCAACCGUCGACAGGAACACAGCCGCCAUAUUCGACAGGAGGAACGUUAGCCGAUAUGUCAUCCUCCAGAAACGCUACGACUCAAACUAUCACCGCAAGGACUACUACUGAUACUACAACACAAGAAACAUCAUCAAUGUCUACGCGAAGGUUUUACACGGAUUUAAGUUUCCCUGAAAUCGACAUUGACUCGGUACCGGUACGCGGGUCUGAGGGAGACGCAACCAAGACAUCCAAGAAUACGACUACUACGGCUACAGCCACCACACAGACAACGGAAAAUAGUUUGACAGAAGGCGGUCAUACACAGUUGCAGGCGAUGGAAACGACGAAGCUCUUAUCUGAAGUCACUGUCUCCAGUUCCUCAGAAUCAAAGAUGGCAACAUACAGUCGCGGUACAAAGCGCUUUCCUGUUGCUCAGUCCAAAACGAGACUUCGAUUCAGCCCAGGGAAACGGACUCAUCAGGAAUAUUACACUGAAAGGAAGUGUUAUGUACCUCGAAGCUCCAAAUGCGCCCCAAAAGAAUAUAGAGAAGGCAAGCUUGUAGAAGUGGUACCCUCACCCGAGGUGUUAUUCUCUCAACCUCACACAAGCAAAGUCGCGACACCAAAGAUUGCUUGCCCUGAUAGAACAUCACCUCUUGUAAAGAAGAAAGCUCGGGAAGGGAUCGUGUUAGUGCCUUCCGAAGAAGUAGAUCCUAUUCAAGAAAAGUGUCGUGGCGUAGCAAGAACGUCCCGUACCUUCUCCUCUGCGAGCCGAGCUGGUGUAAAGUUCUCGUCCAUGACUAGCAGCAAAUCCUAUGACUCAAGUGCAAAUGGACAAACGCAUCAGACAUGUGCCACCACAAUAGCUACAAGAACGAUACCGAAAUCGGCGUCAUUCCACGGCAUACUUCUUUCUGACAGACAAGACAGCGUCGACCGUCAACGUGAUCUAGUUCCGCGUUCCAAGUCCUACACAGAAUACUGGCUUAAGACCGUUUCCCUCUACAAGGAUGUUCCAACCAGUCAACUGUCGCCUUCGUCUGGUUCCUCUGACGACAUUACGGAAAGAGAAUCAAUGUCGCCAAACUUCCCCAAUCUGGACAGCGAACCACAGUUAGGGAUGUCAGACGAUGGCAACCUGGAGAGCUUUACCUGUGGCAACCAAAUGAAUCCCCUCUUGAGGACUUUCCUGUACUUGCAGAACUCGGCGUACCUGCCUUCUGUAACGCAGAAUACUCCCAAGUCAACCACGUACGUGAGCUACGACCCUAAAGGCACUCUUGCGUCUUCGCAUGUCGCGCAGCUGUAUCAACCAAAUGAGAUGCCGAAUAAGUUCCGAACAUCAACCCAGUUCCAGCCUGACACCAUUCAAGCCAACGCGCGUGCUUCGUUCGCCAUACGGUCAGGCGCAGACUCCAGCAUCAUUCCAGCGUCAUCUCAGCACAACACCGCUUUCGACACAACGGUCCUCAAGUGUGACCAAGGCAGGCAUAUUUAUGGCGCGCAUAAUAAGAGGAAAAACUUUUCACCCGACCCUACAACCACACUCGCCGAACAGGCUAGCUUCGAAGACAGUUCCAGCAGCGGUCCCCAAAAAUCGUUGAAGAAAAUGUUGAGAAAGAGAGCUCCAUACCGUACACCUUUUCCGCUCUGCAGCAGUUCACGAUCGAGCCCUGCUGCUCCCAACACACUGACGAUGCUGAGACGGGCCAAUUCCGCAGAAUAUGCGACGCUUUCUAAGACCCAAAGUCUCUACCGGAGCCGAGUAGGGCAGCCCCAGGAUGUCGGAGAAGAGAAACCGCUGAAGAAGUGCAUCAGCGCACUUUCGUACUUGGAGAGGGAUCAUCUAUGGAGGCAGGACUCUCUUCCGUUUCAACAGUGGCUAAACGCGGCGAGGAGAGCAUCCCUAAGACCUGUAGAAGGUGAUGGAGGAUCUCUGAUGGACGCCUCCGAUAAUGUCAUCGUGCUCAUGUCGAGCGGGUCUACAGAGGAGGAAGAGAUGCAUAGCUUGUCGUCGGCUCCUAUGCAGAGUUACUUGGACGAAGAGGAUACAUCGGUCACAGAGGGAGGGAAUGUUUGAAGCUGCUAGCGCUUUUAUAUCGUAGUAGGACGUAUAACUACUUCAUCCUGAACAGGGAG